AUGGCUGCCCGUGGUGGCGUCUCCACUGCCGGCGAGGGUCUGCCCUACGCCGAGUCCUCGCCGCCGGCGACCGCACUGCCAGAUGCGGACAUCGACCAGGGACUGGCAAGAAGUUUGACAGCUGUAGGAGUGGGUGUUGCAGCUCUCGUAUUUGCAGGUCGCUAUGCAUUGCAAAUCUGGAAGCCUCUAGAACAAGUACUCACAGAAACGGCAAAGAAGAUUUCCACUCCUAGCCUUUCAUCCUACUAUAAAGGAGGAUUUGAACAGAAAAUGAGUAGGCAAGAAGCUAGUCUUACUUUGGGUAUAAGCCCAUCUGCUGGCAAGGCCAAGAUUAGAACAGCUCAUAGGAGAACCAUGAUUUUGAAUCACCCAGAUAAAGGUGGAUCUCCUUACUUAGCAACCAAAAUAAAUGAAGCAAAAGACUUGCUAGAAGCAACCACCAAACACUGAUUGAUGCUUAA